CAAUCCACAGUCCAGUGUCAACAUCGUCACUGACGCAACACCAAAAGGACAUAAAGAGGAAACGGUUCCUCCCGGUUUGUUCGUGCUUGCGAUUCGGUUCACGUGAUUCACUUUGAAGAGUCGCUUAAAAAAACCGAACGAUUCGUUCGCGAGUUGUUUAUUCUCCUUCACUGCUGACUGGAACCGUUUUACCGAAUAAGCAUGGCAGAGAGCGCUCAGUUCACUGAGGGGGAUUACUAUCAGGCGUGUUUUGACUCGAAAGCCUACAUGAAAAAUUUCUAUUCCCGUCCAGAAGGACACUCAGAGGAGGAAGGCUAUCUUACUUUCGUUUUAGGAUGCCUAAGCAGGACCUUUUCGACUGGCCAGUACAAAGGUCAGAGGCUGAUUGAUGUGGGAAGCGGACCGACGAUUCACACUGUAAUCAGCGCGUGCGAGCACUUCGACGAGCUCGUGCUGUCUGAUUUUGUAGACAGGAAUCGUGAAGAAAUCAAGAAAUGGAUAAAGAACGAGGAAGGGUGCUUUGACUGGAAGCCUCUCAUUGAUUAUGUGUGUGAAAUGGAUGGUAGGAGCUCAUCUGAUGUGGAAGCGAAACUGAGACAGCGGGUGAAACAAGUGCUGAAAUGUGACGUCCUUUCAGAAAACCCUUUCCAUCCAGAGAGCGUUGAACCAGCAGACUGUGUGAUAACGUCCCUGUGUCUUGAGGCGGCGAGUAAAGACCUCCAGACGUACAGCAAUGCACUUCGUAGAGUGGCAAAGCUGCUUCGUCCAGGUGGAGCUCUGGUGAUGCUUGGGGUUUUAGGAGAGACCUUCUACUGUAUUGACAAAAUCCGCUUCUCCUGCCUCCAACUAAGCAAAGCAGAUGUUGAAGAUGUUCUCAGAAACCUUGACUUCACUGUGCAGGAAUUUAAAAUUUUUCCAGCACAAGAUCAGGACAACAACAGAGUUUCAGAUUUUGAAGCCAUUUUUUAUCUUGUCGCUCUGAAAUCUACCAAGACAUCUUAGGCACGUGCCAAUAGCCUGGCAGGUUAUAAGACAUACUGCAAACUUUUGUUAACAAAUUAUGUCAUCAUGAAGACUGCAAAUAAAAAUCUUUUAUUAACCAUA